AGUUUGCAGAAAUAAAGCAAAGAUGAGCAGUAAAAGAUAUAGAUGUGAUGAUGACAGUGAUAGCUGUGACGACCCGGAAUUACAAGAUGAUAAACUGGCGCACACACAGGAGCCCGAUGCUGAUGAAGGAAGUGGCGAAGCUGACGCAACUUCUUCGGCUGAUGGAACGAUUAUCCCCGAAAGUGAGGCAGGCAGUGGCAUGUCGGCUGCCGAGGAGGAAGAAGAGGUGGUUGAGCAAGUGGCAGCAAAGCCACGUCGAUCGUUGCGUGAGAGGGAAAAAACGCCCAACACUGCCAGCACUGCUGAAAGUCUUGACGAAGACUCGGAGGCCAAGACUUCACUCGGAACACUUGUGAUGGCCCACUCAUAUGACACAAGUAACAGGUUUUAUACCUUUGGUUCCGUAGCUGGCCGAAAUGAACGGGUCACGCAGCAUAUAUGGCAUAAAGUCUAUGGACGGCAAAAUUCUUUCAGGGCUCCCUUUGAGCGAAAUGAUAUAGUUGGUGCCGCUAAUACACCAGGCUCGAACGCAAAGGCAGUUGAUGAUUUGGAAAUGGUCAUUGUCUAAGAUAUAGAAGCAACGAAGGCCGCAAAGAAAGCAAAGAUUGCUCAAGCGCGUGCCUCCAGGAACGAUCAAGCACAAGAAGCCUCCUCUUCUGACGAUUCCGAAGAAAAGGAAGAAGGCUUGGAACAAUCAAUGAUCACAGCUCAUUGCGAGCAAUCAGAAUUGGACUUGCCGCAAGAUGAACAGAAUUUGGAUGAGGACUAAUCCUAAGGAAGUACUAAUGAAAUUGAAGAACUCAGGGUCCCUCCGGGUCACACGCUAAUGUUGUACUUUUAAGAAAGGAAAUGUUCUAUUCGAUUUGCCUGUGAUUGUUACCGUAAUCUACUUUUAAGAGAUGAAUAUUAUUUACUAAUUACUCUUGCCUUUUAUGCCACGAAUUGCCCAA